AUGGCUUUAUUAUCAAUAAGUAUUCAAGCGCUCGCACGAUUCCCCGUUCCAAAGCUCGUUCUGCUGGACCGCGACGGUGUCAUCAAUCAGGACGUCGGAGCUCCAGGCGUCAUUUCCAAGACACAGUUUCAACUGCACGAUGGCGUUGGAACCGCUAUUGCAAAGCUCAAACAACGUGGAUGUCGGGUGGUGGUCAUUACGAAUCAAAGUUGCGUGGGAAUGGGACUACUAGAACCAAAUGGACUGAAUGAAAUUCAUGAGGAAAUGCAACGACUAUUGCAGGAAGAGGAUGCCGAAGCCACGCUGGACGAGAUCUAUUUUUGCACGGCAGUAGAUGAUGACAAUCCAAGAAAAAAGCCAAAUCCUGGAAUGGUGAUUGAGGCUUGCAGCAAUUGGAACAUAGAUGCUUCCGAAGCAGUGUUUGUUGGAGAUACUCUAACGGAUAUGCAAGCUGCAAAGGCUGGAGGUGUCGCCAACCGGAUUCUGGUGCAAACAGGCUAUGGAUUCGGUCUCAUGGGCAACCAGCCGGCACAAAGUCCUCCAAUGAUAGUGAAAGCAAACAAUCUAGUCGAGAGUCAAUCACAAAUGAGCAUUGUCACGCCGUUUGCAGACACACAAGACCUUCCCGCUGCUGUCCAAUGGCUAUUGCAUGAAACUGAUACGUAA